AUGUUGUCCUUCAUAUACGUUGCAUUGGCAUUUUUGUUACUGGCCGUUGUUAAUGGAUCAACAGUGUCAAACAAAGAUUAUGCUUUGGUCAUGUAUGAUCCAGCGGUGGUCCCGCUAAACGAUUCAACUGCGUCGCUAUCUCCUGAAGUUGGCCAACUUUUGACAUUUUUGAAUACACAUUACGAAACCACACUUAGUCCAUAUAGCGAUGAUGAAGUACUGUUGUUUUAUGAUGAUUUCCCAAGAUUCGAUCAUUUGGUGUUGCUCCCAUCACUGAAGAAAGCAAUUGGUGCCAAAUCAGGGUUGAACCAGCAUCAAUUGUUGAGAUUUAUCAACGAAGGAGGUAAUAUUUUUGUUGUUGGUGGAUCCGAAGCAGCAUUACCUGAAGGGAUCCGAAUCUUUUUGAAUGAAAUUGGCAUCUACCCUGCUCCAAAGGGAUAUAAAUAUGUGGACCAUUUCAAUUCCAAAAACGGGGUUGUGGAAUUAAAGAGUCAAAACUUGGUUAGCAAUAACAGAAUAGUGGAGAAUUUAAAUACCGUUGAAUAUACCAAUGGUAAUGCUGCAUUGAUUUCAAAUAACGAGUUGAUCCAGCCAAUUGUUAAAUCUACAAGGACAGGAUAUACUAAUAAAGCUGGACAAGUAAUGAGUGAUGAAUCCACGUGGACUUUUGGGGAACAAGGCUUUUUAGCCGUCGGCUUCCAAGCAUUGAAUAAUGCGAGAUUAGUUUGGAUGGGCUCGUUCGACUUGUUGGCCGAUGAUUCUUUGUACAAGUGGUGCUUCCAGGACUCUGGAGUGAUAAAGUUACAAUUUGUUCAACAUAUCAAAGCCAAUGAACCGGAAAAUUUGAACCCACAUUUGUACAGAAUCAAAGACCAAGCAAUUUACACAAUUGGUGUUUCGGAAUACAAAGACGGCAAAUGGAUUCCCUUUGAGGUUAAAAAUGAUGAUGAACAAUUGCAAUUAUCGUUCAAGAUGUUGGACCCUUACCAAAGAUUGAAUUUGAGUCCAUUGGGUCCAGUAAGUGCCACGGAAAACAGUAGCGAAUUAGAUGCCUACGCAUACUUUGUCAACUUUACCGUACCUGAUCAUCAUGGGAUGUUUACAUUCGAGUUGGACUAUAAACGUAAAGGAUUGAGCUACAUCUUGGAUAGGAAAGUUGUCACCGUGAGGCAUUUGGCCAAUGAUGAAUUUAAGAGAUCAUGGGAUAUCUCCAACUCGUGGUUGUAUAUCGCAAGUACAGUAUUGGUAAUCCUUGCUUGGUUUUCUUUUGUUGUUUCAUACUUAUACAUUGGUAAAACCAACCAUGUGAAGAAAAACAUCUAG